UGGGUUGAAAACACCAACAUUAAAAGUUGCGACUGUCUGAAACUAUUUUCUUCUUGUGAGAGCUAGUGAGGAAGAAAAAUCAGGUGAAUAUGGCUUACAACCUUGAAUCCCUUGUCCAAAUCCUAGAGCAGUUGCUGGAUCAUCACCAGCCUCUUUGGGUUCUUGAUCCCAACAAGAAACCACGACUUGAAUCCCUCUUAAAGAAGGCCUGUUUCUUGAAAGAGUUUUUCGAAAAUUCUUCUUCAGCGGCGACUAGCUAUAGAUUACAAAGUGUGGAGAGUCGAAUCAGAGAUGUAGCGUAUAAGGCAGAAGAUGUUCUUGAAUCCCAUCUCGUGGAUCAACUUCUUUCAAGCCCUGAAGGUGAGAGCUUCAUUUUCUCCCCUCCAGAUCUGGAUUUGGAGAAAGUAACUGGAGAACUUGACUCUGCAAAGGAAGAGAUGAUGGCGAUUAUGGAAGGGCGUGAUAUGCAUUUGAAAUAUCGACUCAUAGGGGGAAAAUCUGAACUUGAGGUUAUCCCUAUUGUGGGCAUGGGAGGCAUUGGUAAGACUACUUUGGCCCGAAACCUUUAUCACGAUCCCUCUGUUAUUUCCCACUUUGAUGUUCGUAUAUGGGCUACAAUAUCACAAGACUAUAGUGAGGGAGGGAUUCUGAAUGGCCUCCUUCGUAGUAUUUGGGUUAGUCACCCGCUUUUGCUGCUUGGUAAUGAAAGAAUGGUAGAGGAAUUGUAUAAAGGUUUGAAGCGUCGGAGAUAUCUGAUUGUUUUAGAUGAUAUAUGGAAUAAGAAGCCGUGGACAGUUUUAAGAAAGUGCUUUCCGGAUGAUGGAACCGGAAGUCGCAUCAUUGUCACCACUAGGCUAUUGGAAGUGGCUGAUUACAUUGCCUCAGGGAGCUCAUAUCACCACAUGAAUCCUCUGAAAGAUGAUGAAAGCUGGAAGCUUCUUCAUCAAAAGGUAUUUGCAGCAGAAGAAACUUGCUCUUCUGAACUGGUGUCUAUCGGGAGAAAUAUUGCAGAAAAUUGCAGAGGACUACCUCUUGCAAUUGAUGUGGUUGGUGGACUUCUAUCUCAGGCAGAGAGAUCGCAAGUGUUCUGGGAGCAAGUUGCAAAGGAUAUAAGUGAAGCCGCAGCUGACAAUACUACUGCACACUUGUUCCAAAUAUUAUCAGUGAGUUACAAUUAUUUGCCUCAUCAUCUUAAACCAUGUUUCCUUUAUAUGGGCAUUUUCAAAGAAGAUUCUGAGAUCCGUGCCUCCAAACUCAUCAAAUUGUGGGUGGCAGAGGGAUUUCUGAAACCAAUAUCAGGUAAAAGCUUGGAGGAGGCUGCGGAGAUGUACCUAAAGGCUCUCGCUGACAGAAAUCUUAUUUGUGUCCCACGAGAAGAGUUUAAAGGAAAUGUGAAAAGCUACAGUAUACAUGAUCUCUUGAGGGACCUGUGUGUGAGGAAAGCUUAUGAAGAGAACUUUCUAUUCCUCAAGGCACGGUAUAUCCCAGGAGACGUGAGUUCACGUCGUGUCUGUGCUCAUAGAAUACAAGAUAUUGAUAGACCCUUGGAUCAAAUGCGGCUAACCCGUUCUGUUCUAUUUAUGGGUAAUGUAAGUUGGAUGAUAUUAUCCCCUUUGAUUUCUGCAUUCAGAUUGUUGAGGGUACUGGAUAUAUUGAGCAUAGGAUGUAUACUGUUUCCAGGGGAAAUAAUACAAUUGGUCAACUUAAGGUACCUUGCUCUACGCACUUCUAAAGUACCUUCCUCAAUAUCUAGACUGUGGAAUUUGCAAGUUUUAAUUGUUGAAGCAAUUGCGGACUCGUUUAACCGGCAUGUAGUGACGCCUGAAAUAUUAGAGAUGACACAAUUAAGACACAUCAAGUUCAAGGGAUUUUGUGUCUGGUAUGAUGAUCAGUAUAGGGAACAUAUUGUUGUCCAAGAUCAGCUGCAAAGUCUAUCUACCAUAGCAGUCUCUGGACUUACUGACAGGGUUCUUCGGACUAUCCCAAACCUGAAGAAAUUAGGAAUCUUUUGUGAUGAAAAAUUUGAUCAUGUGAGAGAUCUGUCCCGUCUUCAUAAACUCCACUCACUCAAAUGUUCAUCCGGGCUUUAUGUUCACCAUCACUCCGAUUUGUCUAAUCUCAUUUUUCCGGAUUCCCUCAAAAAGUUGGCUCUACAACAUUGUGUAAUUCAUGAUCCGCAUAUGAGUAGAAUCGGUAACCUGCCCAAUCUUCAAAUUCUCAAAUUAAGUAAUUGUGGAAUCAAAAACCGAAAGUGGAAGGUAAAUGAAGGGGAGUUCUGCCAACUAAAGUAUUUGAUAAUGGAACACUUGCAUAUGGAUUUCUGGGCAGCCGAUGAUAUCUGUUUCCCAAGACUUGAGCACCUGAUUAUUCGACAUUGCGCAUGGCUCCCUGAAAUCCCUUAUGGCAUCGGAGACAUUCCAACACUCAAAGUAAUUGAGGUGCGUCAAUACUUGCCUCCUCUGCUGGAUUCAGUAAGAAUGAUACAGAAAAAACAGGAGAAAAAUGGCAAUGAUGGCCUUGAAGUUCGUUUAAGCACCACCACUCUGUUACAGUAAUAAUCUUAACUUCUUUUUUCUAUUAAAAAAAACGAAUCUUAUUGUCUCCCGCACCGAUAUUACAUUGCCCUUACUUUUUGGCUUAUGGGAGAUUUUUUACCUAUUAAUAUUCUAUUAAUAUUUUCACAAUAACCCAAAAUUAUAUGUGAUGAAGAUCUUCAUUACUUUAACCUGUAAUUGAUCAAACAAAUAAACACAUUUUGUCCGGUAUCUGGAUGAUCUUGAGUAGGAGAGGAGAUUAAUUGAGAUAUCUUGGUUAUCAAACAAAUCAACUCCCAGAUAACACAAAUAACAAGGUUCACAAUCACCUUUCAUCGCUUGAUCUACUGAGCCUUUGUAAUUGAGGUGCGUCGAUACUUCCCUCCUCUGCUGGAUUCAGUGAGAAUGAUACAGAAAAAACAGGAGAAAAAUGGCCAUGAUGGCCUUGAAGUUCGUUUAAGCACCACCUGAUGGGGAUCUCGUGAGCAGUAGAUGAUUGAGCAAGGCUGACCAAUAGGUCACACGCGAGGUCGCAGGUCAACAUGGCAAAAGAACAUUUGUAAGAUCGCAAUUGAAGGUCGCAGGAUUACACGUGGCAUCUUGUGGCUGGAUGAUGUCUCUUUCGGGUUGGGCGGAUCCGAAUCCGACCCAUAAAUCCAUCCAGACAGGUGUCUUGCCGUGGAAUAGCUUAGUCACUAUAUGCGCAAGCAUGGCAGCGACACCUAUGCCAAGGGUGGGGCCCAACUCCACCAUCUAUAAAUACUCCAAGUUUGAGAGAGAGGAGAUCAACUGAUUCGGAUCGGUGACGUGAGAGGUCGUGGUCGGAGAUCGUGACCAAACGUGAUCGAGUCGAUCACCACCCAUGUCGUUUAAGCACCACCACUCGGUUGACAACACAACCAAC